UGGCAGUAUGUGCAUCAAAGAAGAAGAAAGUACUUCCGCUAGUCGAAGGUCAUCUGCGCAUUUGAAAACAUGGAUCCCAACAAAGUGGAUGAAGCAUCAGGCAAGACGAGUGGUGAUGGAGACAUGGCAUCGGUCAUGGGAUUCUCUGGGUUUGGUAAAAAAGCCCGCACGUUUGACCUGGAUGCCAUUUUUGAACAAACCCGUCGCACAGCCAUUGAGAGGAGUCAGCGGAUAUUAGACGAGCGGGAGAAGAGUCACAUGGAGGAGGAAGGAGAGAGCUCCAAAUCAGUCAAGCCAUCAGUCCACGCUCAAAGAGACAAAGCUGCUGCUGCUGCUGCUGCUACUUCCAGAAAACAGGAGAGCGACAGCAGCAGUGCCAGUGACUCGGACUCAGAUUCAGACUCAGAGCUUAUUGGGCCUCCGCUGCCUCCUCAGUAUACAGUGCAGGGCGACGACGACGACGAGCGUAUGAGGCCGCCUCAUCCACCAGGUCACAAAGAGGGCACGGCUCACAGUGAUGAAGAAGACGACGACGAUGAUGAUGAUGAUGAAGGGGAGGCACAAGAUGACGAUGAUGAUGAUAAUCCAGUGAAGAAGAUUCCAGACACUCAUGAGAUCACUCUGCAGCAUGGCACCAAGACAGUAUCAGCUCUUGGCUUGGACCCCUCUGGAGCCCGUUUGGUGACCGGUGGGUACGACUAUGAUGUGCGCUUCUGGGAUUUCGCCGGGAUGGAUCAGUCCCUGCAGGCCUUCCGAUCCCUCCAACCCUGUGAGUGCCAUCAGAUCAAGACCCUGCAGUACAGCACCACUGGCGAUGUCAUCCUGGUGGUUUCAGGCAACGCACAGGCCAAAGUUUUGGACCGUGAUGGCUUCAAUGUCAUGGAGUGUAUAAAGGGAGACCAGUACAUUGUGGAUAUGGCCAACACCAAGGGCCACACAGCAAUGCUGAACUCUGGCUGCUGGCAUCCCAAGAUAAAGGAAGAGUUCAUGACCUGCUCCAAUGAUGGCACUGUGCGCACAUGGGACCUGAGCUCAGAGAAGAAGCACAAGUCUGUGUUCAAACCGCGCUCCUUCCAGGGGAAGAAGGUCAUCCCAACAUGCUGUACCUACAGCCGCGAUGGGAAGCUCAUUGCAGCAGGCUGCCAGGAUGGCACCAUCCAGAUCUGGGACAGAAACCUCAGCGUCCAUACAAAGUUCCACUGUCGGCAAGCACACAUUCCGGGAUCAGACACCUCUUGCCUCUCCUUUUCUUAUGACGGCAUGACUCUCGCUUCACGUGGAGGUGAUGACACUGUGAAGAUGUGGGAUAUACGCAACUUCAGGAAGCCUCUGAAUGUAGCUACCGGGCUGACCAACUACUUUGCAAUGACUGACUGCUGUUUCAGCCCAGAUGACAAACUUCUUGUAACGGGGACCUCAGUGAAGAAAGAAGAGGGGAAUGGGAAGUUGGUUUUCUUUGACCGAGCUUCCUUCCAGAAGGUCUAUGAAAUAGAGGUCACCAACGCAAGCGUCAUCCGCUGCCUGUGGCAUCCGAAACUUAACCAGAUAAUGGUGGGAACUGGGAACGGACUGGCAAAGGUCUACUAUGACCCCGUUAGAAGCCACAGAGGGGCUAAGCUGUGCGUAGUGAAGAGCCAGCGCAAAGAGAAACAAGCAGAGACGCUAACGCAAGAUUACAUCAUCACACCUCAUGCCUUACCCAUGUUCAGAGAGGCCCGGCAGCGGAGUACACGAAAACAGCUGGAGAAGGACAGACUGGACCCAAGGAAAUCACACAAACCCGAGCCUCCUGUAUCCGGACCAGGUCGCGGAGGACGAGUAGCAGCCCAUGGUGGCACUCUGUCAUCAUUCAUUGUGAAGAACAUCGCUUUAGAUAAAACGGAUGACAGCAACCCACGAGAGGCCAUCCUACGUCACGCCAAAGAGGCUUCAGAUAAUCCUUACUGGGUUGCCCCGGCGUACACACAGACCCAACCCGAGCCAGUGUUUGCGGAGGAAUCGGAGGAGGAUGAGGAGGCUGAAAAGGAACCGCAGUGGAAGAAACGCAAGAUAUGAGGCACUUCAACAGCAGCUCAUUUUAUGUAGCGUAGAUGACAGGGUGGGGAUUGUGGUUGGAUAUAUGGCACCACAAGGUCUCAGGAUCAAUCCCAGAACACAAGGUUCCUGUCAGAAACUGUGCAAAGGGUCAUCAAUUAAAAGAAUAAAUUGUGCUCUGUCCUCCCCUCCUCUAAUGUUUUUUUUUAAGGGUGUAUAUAUUUAUGUGUGCUUCCGUGUUGCACAUAAGCGUGAAGGCUUCUUCACUGUGCACGCACGACAUACUUUUAUACAGGUUUAUGUUCCUCUUAUUGCAAUUCAUCAACCACUGGAAAGACUUUUUUUUUGUCGGUUUGGAUUAUCUAGACUUUAUUUUCAUCAUUUCUUUUGUCUUCUCCACCCACAUCUCCAGUGUUUGCUAAUGCCUCAUAAAUCGACUCCAGACUUUGUGGUCUAGUUCUGUUCAUCAGCUAUGAAUAACAGUUUGUGAGUUUUUAAAGGAGUAAAUUGUGUAAAUGUACAAAAUAAAUUGCAGCCAGUUUUUAUUCUUCUUUUUUUUGUUUUGUUUUACAGUUUUAACAGUUUUGUUGGUUGUGAUAUAUAAAAUCUGCUGGAUUUUUUUAUUUCUCCCUCGAAAGCUAAAUGAAAGAAUUUGUAUUCAUGUCAAAUAGUGAUAAAUUUUAUCCAAA